AUUGUCCAUAACAGAUAAUCAGGCCCCAAUCACGCAAUUUUGAAAUUAAAGCCUUUUUUGUUUUGUUCAGGAACUGCCAAAAAGUAUCAUAAGCACUUACGGAGGACUGCCCUUGGAAAAAUAGCGGAUGAAAUAAAAUUGAAAAAUAAGAAAAAUCUUCGAAAAGAACGAAAAUAUGAGAGAAGAAAAGCUCAUGUCAAGGAUGAGACUGAGUCCCGUGCCUUCGCAAAGUUAAGUAAAGAGCACAUGUCUAGUGACGAUGAUGACACAGAUACUGAUGAAGGCGAAGGAGGAUGGGUGUCUAGGCCCCCAAAAUACAGGAGCAAAACUCUUGAAGCUUUCCUGAACAAGCUUGACAAGCGCAGCGAAAAGACAGCAAACGCAACAAACAAAAGGUGGAAACGAACAAAGGCUCGUAAAGGGGAGCCUGUAGAAAGAGAGCCACCCACAGGUUCUCCUAAAUGGGCGCUGUCCGAUGAAUGGAGGGAAAUCAUGCAAAGGAGAGAGCAGGAACAAACGGAAAUAGAACUUGAGGAUGAAGAGACCACUGACGAAAGCAGAGCGGAAGAAAGAGAAGGAGAAGAAAGUGAUGAUGACAGCUCCUCAGGAAGCGAUUGUGAUUUUGAGAACGCAUAGUUUGUUUUUCUGUGUG